AUGACGGGCAACAGUUGCCUGGUGUGCGAGACGGUGUUUAAAGACGACAGCAGUCUUGUUGGAGACGAGGAUACACCAGCUGAGGGCGAACAUGCAGGGUCUUCAGAAGACAGCGUGAGGGCGGAGAUUUUCGAUACACUGACGGAGUUGUACCUUUUCUUUAGGGACGCCGAUCUCUCGCACAGGGAGGUUAACCGUCUGCUACACAUAUUCCGCAAUCCGCGCUUCAACCUACGGGCCCUCAGACGAUGGCGCAACUGGGUGGACGUGCGUCGCUGGGGCAUGGCGCGCGCUCCCGCCGACAUGGUCCCUUGGAAAACAGAGGAGAUAGUGGUGCGGGGCCCCAAAGGAAUGCAAAUGAAGCUGCUACUGCACUUCCGCGACACAGAGCUGAUUUUGAAGAAGCUGGUGCGGACGUUCUCAUCGAAGAAGGGGUUCGUUUGGAAACCAAGGAAGAUUCAUCGGAAGAAGAACAACGAGAGGGUGUUUGAAGGACCGGAGACGGGUGAUUGGAUGCACGCAGCCCAGAAGGAGAUUAAUGACGAGGAUGCACUCAUUUUAGGCGUGCUGAUAUACAGUGACAGCACACAGGCAUCACGGAAUGGCAGGAGGAACGCGUGGCCGGUGCUGAUCUCACUUAUCAACAUUCCGGCGGAACUGCGAGGAGUGGAGCCUGGGCACACAUUGGCGGCGGUGCUUCCGUUCCCACCUGAGUGGGCAUCGUCUACGGAGAAGACGCGCGUGUUCCAGGAGGCGAUAAAGAUCAACCUCGCGCCCAUCAUGCGAGAGUCUGCAAGCGCGCCAGUUCGCUUCUUCUACUGCACAGACGCGGACGGGAAGGUGCACAAGGCGGUCCCUUGCCUGUACGGAUACCCUGCCGACUUCCCUGAAUCCAGCAGAGCAUCUGCGACGCUUCAGCAAGGGUCGCAUCGACCAUGCGCUAACUGCUAUGCAGACAAGGGGGAGUUUACCAUGAUGGUGGGGAAGGUAGAUCCACGUACCCCCGAGAAGCAGAGGGACAUUGUCCGACAGAUCCUGGCGUGUAAGAAGCAAAGCGACGCUGACGAUGUGCGGAGGUUGUGGUCAACCCAUCCGAUCGAGUGCGUGCUUCACAGGUGGAAUUUUGCAGACACAGAGUGGGGCAACGUGUAUCUGGCAUGCCUUGCAGACACGCUGCAUGUUCUGGACUCUGGUGUGCUGAUCCACAUGAUGGACACCUACAUAGAGCCGCUCGGGAAGGUUGAGAUGCGGCUGCUUGAACAACGCAAGAAGGAGUUCAAGGCCAUCACGCCUAGCGUUCUCCUCCGAAUCCCAAGGGGCUCAGCGUUCUUCAGUUCAGGCGCAAAUUACGCCGCGUUCGAGCACAGGAGCAUGAUGCAGAUAAUGCCGAUACUGGUGGCUGACGAGAGUGCAUUGAAGGGUGGAGAGGAGGGAGAGCUGCGUGCUUUGCAGGUCAAAGCGUUCCGGCUGUUUGCUGUGUUUUACAAGGCGUUUCUGGGGGUUGACAGGCACACACAUACAACAAUUGCGAUUGCACGUCAGCAUGCGAUAGCGUUGGUGGAGUUGCUACCGCGGGCAUUUCCAAAGCAGGCAUCCCACUGGAGACUCUCAAAGAUACACAUGAUAAGGCACUUACUGGACAACGUUGUCCACCGUGGGAUGCCGCACCAUUAUUCCACGGAAAUGUGGGAGCGCACGCACAAGGGCACGGUUAAGGGUCCAGUAAGAGGGAGCAACUGGAGCGACAUUCCACGCCGCAUUGUGGAGGAGGAGGUGCAGCGAGAGGUGUACCGUGAAGUGGCUGCAGACGCAGGGGGUGGGCGACAGUACGCGACCGCGUUGAGCGAGGCAAUCAAGACGAGGAAACCGGUGCUUACAAAGAAGUAUCGGAUCAUGCGCAUAGGGGGGGAGUCGGAUCCAGUGUACAACGAGUACACCGCCGCGCUUGGAGACGAGAUGAAGGGGAUGGCCGAUGAGUUCAAGGCGUUGGGGCUGUCUACCAACAACGUGCAGGUCCACACGGCGGUGGCCAUUCCGCGCACAAGGGGCGGAGAGCUAGUGGCAAAAGGGACAUUUGUGAAGGCGUCUCCCCGAGAGAGGUGGUAUUCGGACGUGGCACUGCUGAACAACAAGAAGGGGGACUGGUUUGCAAGAUGUCUGUGCAUCUUCAGGGCGGUUGACCGCGAGGGGGACUGGAAGGGGUACGCAUACGUGCGGUACUAUGAGGGGGCGGGAAGAUGCAAGCUUACGGGGUGCAAGCAGCUGCACAAGAAAGUGGAUAAGGUGUUCACGGAGUUCGUGGAGACUGUCAAUGGUGUGCACUUCAGCCGUGAUCGCAACACCCUCAUCCUUACCAUUCACGAGGCGUAUCGCAUCACAGGCGAGGUGGCGCGACCCGUCACGGAGCACGGCUUCAGUGUGCAGCACCUGACCAACACCCGAAUCGUCAACAUUCGUGGGUCGGUUCCUGAAGGGGGCCUUCCGCACCUCCAGGGAGUGGAGGAUGCGCUGAAGGGCCAUUACCGCGUUAUGCUCAUGAAGCGUGCGAUAGCGGCGAAGCGGUUCCAAUUCGACUAUUCGGCAUCGAUCGCGGACGUGGAUUAUGGCCUCAUGCUCGAGUGGCUGGGAGAAGCGUGGACUCGCGUGCGCGCCGUCACCAUGCAGAGGAGCUGGUGGCGCGCCGGAUGCGUGCCACCGAGCUGGCCGCCACUAAUGGCGUACCUGAGUGACACGAGCGCAACGGGCAUGUUUGAGCCCCUCAUUGCGAUAUGCGUCGAGCUGCAGUUGCUAAUCGAGAAGUUCAAGAUGAGGCCUGCGUGCUAUAUGACGGCGGCCGAGUUUGUCAACUGCGACGCGGGACUCUGCGUGGAGCAGGGGUUUAGGGCCACACCUGCGGCCAGCGCGUCGGAUGACUCGUCGGGCGAGAUGAGUCUGCCAGACGGCCCACUGCUGCGUGACGAGCGCAGCAGGCGGCGCGUGAUUCGCAACGUAACAAAUGCGUACGUGGAGCGUGCCGACGCGCUCGGCAUUCCCCCGGCCCUCGUGCCAGCAGAGGUCGGAGCAUCUAACCAGGAGGUGAUUUCCCGCCUCGGCAGGACGCCAGUCAAGCGUGCGCGCGCGGGGAUGCGCCCGGAGGACGUGCCAGCCCCAGCGGUGCGCGAGACUGAGGAUGACGAGUGA